UAUGUAUCUGAAUUUUAGGAUCAACAGUCAGAGUUCAGAAACCCGGAGCCGAAGCGCCGAACGACGAACUUUGGCUCCAUUACCAAUAUUUCUACCACCUCACCUAUUCUGGAACGACAUUGGCAACUUCAAUUUUGAUAUUUUUAACGGCGUCAAUUGAAUCCGUUUACAUAAUGAACACGUGGAUGCCAUAUGGCAACCUAUAUAGGAUUCUAGGUUGUUGAUGAGUAACUGUGUGGCGGGAGUCGGAAGUCGGGAGUCGAAGGAGAGACAGAAAGGACGCUAGAAAAAAAAUCAACCUUUCACAUGUACACGUGGCAUACAACAUUUGCCACCCAAGUUCUUCGGAUUUAACGGUGUCAGACUGACAGUUGGGUUGUCUCUUUACGUGGUUUCCAUGGAAUUUUUAAUAGUAUUAAAUUCAGACAAAGGAAGAGUUUCUGUUUCUGUUUUGGGUUUCCUACGGGUUUCCUGCACGCCAGGACUUGUACUUCAAUUGUUUGGAUUGAUCAGGAACUGCAAUUCUUUACACAGUUGAAAGAGGUUUACAUCACCUCCUUGACUGUAAUGAGUAACAGGAUUGAAGAUGAUUCAUUCUCUAAGCCUGUUGGAAGAUGGUCUGUUUUCUAUUAUGGUGUGGGUCACAUGCUAAAUGACAUCACGGCUGCAUGCUGGUUUACUUAUCUCUUACUGUUCUUAACAGACAUUGGGCUCUCACAAAGGGAUGCUGCUACUGUCAUGCUCUCCGGCCAGAUAGCUGACGGUUUAGCCACCAUCUUUGUUGGUGAACUGAUAGACAGGUUUGGACAUUUCAAAAUAUGGCAUGGUGCAGGAUCUAUCUUGGUUGCUGUUUCAUUUUCUUCUGUUUUUGGUGGUUGUUUACCUUGUAAAGCCCUUGCUACGUUUUCAUCAACAGUAGAGACUAUUUCAUACAGUACAUUUGCUGCAAUUUUUAACGUGGGCUGGGCUGCUACUCAGGUUUCACACAUGUCCAUGGUGAAUUGCAUCUCUCUCAAUUCAACUAGCAGAGUAGUGCUGGCAAGCUGUCGGAAUGCCUUUACUAUGGUUGCAAAUCUCAGCCUAUAUGGAAUUGCUUUAAUAGUAUUUGAUAUCAGCAUAGCAAAAACUUAUGCUGAUAUUGAAAAUCAGUACCGCUGGAUUGCAUACUUAUCAAUAUUCAUAGGAUGCUGCUUUGUGGGCAUAUUUCAUCUUGGAACAAAUGAACCAAGAUCAAAGAUAGGUAUACAUGGAAAUAUUCAUGCAAGGAUUUCAUGGACAUAUUGGUUCCGCAAAAUUCUAUACUAUCAAGUUGCUCUUGUUUACGUGCUUACAAGACUAGUGCUCAAUGUUUCACAAGCAUAUCUUGCAUUCUAUGUGAUUAAUGAUUUGCUGAUGGCCCAGUCUGCUAAAGCUUUGGUUCCUGCCAUUAUCUAUAUUUGCAGCUUCAUAGUAUCUGUUCUUCUUCAGGAGAUUGCAUGGAAUGGCCAACGCCUGAAGGCUUAUUAUGCAGCCGGAGGAAUUCUUUGGAUGUUUUGUGGUGUAGGGAUUCUUCUCUUACCUAGAAGCAUGAGUCUAUUCAUGUAUGCCAUAUCGGUAUUUAUUGGAAUAGCUAAUGCAUUAAUGACGGUAACUGCAGUCAGCAUGCAGAGUAUAGUAAUUGGUGAAGAUCUUAAUGGUUGUGCAUUUGUUUGUGGAUCAUUGAGCUUCCUGGACAAAAUCUCAUGUGGGCUUGCCCUAUUUGUUCUUCAAUCCUAUCAAAGUAACUCACCUAUAAUUGUGGGAAACUAUUCAACAAACUUUAAUUUUUCAGUUACGAGAUAUGGUUUAGGUCUCGUACCAGCAUUCUGUUCAGCUCUUGCAGUGGCUGUCACAUGCACCAUGGAACUACAAACCCCAUUGUCAAAGCCGCUGAUGGAACCCUUGUUGGAAUGAUGUUGGGAAAGAAAGAACCACCAUGUUCAAACAGACAAGGAUUCUAAGAUGUAUUUUUUUCUAUUCACAUCAUGUAAUUGUACAUAAGCUAUCUGUUUACAAAAUAUAUUUUUUGGAUAAUGAUAAGCUAUCUAUUUCAUUCA